AUGUCAUUUACUGACAACGAAAACAAAGAAGACGUCGCCCUUCUUGACGAAGAAGAGACACGGCAACCGGGAAAAUGGGCUAGGCGACAAACUUCAAAUCGGCAAUGGUGCUGGUGGACGACGGCCAACCUACUGCUGCUCGUGACCUUUACCAUUGGAAACCUCACCAUCUGGUCUCGUCAGCGUCCCGCAGUCUGGAGAACUGACUUACCAGAUGCACGCAAGGCGAUUGAAUACGAGGAGCGAGAAUACACGGGAGCCCUGACAUACGACCCAGAUCAACGUAAAAUCUUCCGUCUUCGAGAUGCAGAAACAGAGUAUUUUGGACCGCCCAGUCCGGAGAUAGAGCGAGCCUGGGACGAAUUAUUACAUGGCAUUGAUUCAGGCGAAUUUGUUAUCAUGACCGACGACGAACGCCGUGCAUUUCCAGAUGACACGACGCCAUUUUCUACAGAUGGAAAGUAUCAUUUCGAACCAGAUGUAUUCCACUCGCUUCACUGCCUCAACAGUAUUCGCGUGCACCUCCAUCCCGUGCUGUACAACGUCUCAAGUACACAGGACGCGCAUAGCAAAACCGAGGAGCAGAUUAUGAAGCUCGUCAACGACCCCAUGUGGAAAAGAAACCACCUGGAGCACUGCUUAGACCGCGUCAGACAGGCCCUCAUGUGCCAUGGCGAUUUGACUCCGUCUCCCACUUACACAUGGCCCGGGUUUCCCAUCAGCAUAGGACGGUCCGGUACGCAUACCUGUCGGAAAUGGGGACCGAUUCGCGAGUGGAUGGAUCAGAGGGCUGCAAAUGGAGAGAGUUUACAGCACGAACAUGGACAUGGACAUGGGGACUCUGCUUGA